UUGAACGAAUAAUUAAUAUAAUACUAUAUAAUAAUAGUAUAAUAAUAAUAAUAAUUCCAAAUUUCGAUUCUGGCCUGGUCAAAAUUAAAAUUCAACUUUUGGCCCAUCAGAUUCUGAAUUUAGCCAGCCAGAGUUAGAUUCCAGUUUUGGCCGUUUAGAUUCUAAGUUUGGCCGGUCAAAAGCAGAAUUCCAGCUUUGGCCGGCCAGAUUCGGAAUUUGGCCGGCCAGAGUUAGAAUUUCAGUUUUGGCCGGCCAAAUUCGGAAUUUUCCAUGUGUAGGCAUCUCAAUUCUAAGUUUGGCCGGCCAAAUUCGGAAUCUGGCCGAAUUCUAAGUUUGGCCACAACAUAUAUAUACUAGUUGAAACAGGGGAGAACGAAAAUACUAGAAAAACAUAGAAAAAUAUGUAGUAUAGAAUAUGUAGUAUAAAAGCUAGACGAACCCUGUAUACUGGCAUAUGAAAAAAAUGAAAUUAAAAGACAAAUAAAAGAGACAUUACUGACGCACGAACAAAAAGAGUUAGCCUACAAUGAUAUUUCAUUAAAGACAGUGAUAUUCGUUUAGACAGUCUAAUAACAGUCCAGAAUAGAAAAAUGUAACCGUCACUCGAUUCUAUACUACAUAUUUUUCUAUGUUUAAGUUUUUCUAGUAUUUUCGUUCUCCCCUGUUUCAACUAGUAUAUAUAUGCAUCUCUCUUCUAAAUUCACAGUCAUAUUAGCCUGAUGAUGAUACUGUGAAGUAUCGAAAGCUCGCUUUUUGUGUAAAAUGAUUUUACAAAAAUGUUUUUCAAUUAUAUUAAAUAUACUUAGUUUUAUAAGAAACGUAAAAAAGUCAAAGAAUGUCAAUUAUUCUAUUAAAAUUCGUCAUCGACUAACUAAAUCAUGUUUAUCUGACAUAAUUCAGCUACUUUUACUAUUACAUAUUGAAUACACACCCGCGUCUGUAUACAAACUGCAAGAAAUAUUGAAAUCAAACGUAAAAAAGUGUAAUGAAUCAUCAGCCUUAACGUUAGAAAUUCCAUCUGAUUUAACAAAAACUCGAUACCUUUGUCCACAUUGUGAUCAAAUAUCAAAAACACCUACCGAAUGUUCAAAUAAUUGCUCAUCCAACAAGAAAGACGAUAUACAGAUCGUUAAACCACACAUUUUUCUACCAUUUAAUAUUCAUAUUCAACUGCAACAAAUUUUAUCACGUGAAAAACGUAUUUGUUUUCAUGAUUCAACGUCGACAGAAACAGAUAAAGGAUUUAUGACAGGUAUAACAGAGGGUCAACGUUAUUUAGCAGUAGCCAAAGAGGCAACAACGGAUGACAAAACAAAAUUUAUUAGCCUGAUUAUGAAUGUCGAUGGUGUAUCCAUCAGAAAUAAGACAGAUGCAUCACUGUGGAUUUUCACAUUAGCAAUACUGGAGAUACAUCGUUCAAAUCGUUUUCGUAUGGAGAAUAUUGUUGUCGCCGGAGUUUCUCUGGGUUACAAAAAACCGUCGAAAAAAAUCAUUAACCUCAUGUUAACACCAAUUGUUGAACAAUUAAAGCUAUUACAAGAUCACCGCCAAUAUCUCAUUGGCAGUAAAAAUGAAUUAAUCAGAGCAUUUUUAAUAACCUCGUGCUCGGACAAACCAGCUAACUGUAUGAUUCAAGGUAUUCCGGAGCCAACUUCUUUUUAUGGUUGCAGUAACUGCGAAAUUCACGGAAUAUCAGCAUUAGCGAAUCUUAAUGCUAAACCAAACACCCGAAAAGCCACCACAACUGUACGGGUAUUCUCAACAACUGAACUUCACAAUUGGCCCACUCGACGGAAUGCUACAAAUUAUUACUUUUAUCUCAAUAAAUACGCAAGUUUGAUUAAAAACAGCCGUUUAUCAGCUGAUCAUAUACGAGAUGCAACAAUGGAUUACAUAAGUCCAUGUUUACUAUUAGAUUUGAAAUAUUUUGAAUACUCAUCAGGAUUUUUGAUCGAUACACUGCAUACCAUAUACCACGGUAUUUGGAAACGUUUAUUACGAUUAUGGUUUAACGAGGAAUCGAAAAAAGAAAUAUGGUCAUUGUGUAGUCAGAAGAAGAAAAUUGAUUUAAAAUUAAAUUAUUUGAAAUUUCCAACAACCACAGUUCGUACCCCUCGAUCAAUAUCUCGUUAUGAAAAACUUAAAGCUAACGAAUUGCGAAUUGUCUUAUUGGUGGCUUUUCCAAUUCUGCGGGAAUUUUUACACGAGAAAUACUAUCAGCACGCUCAGCUCUUGACAACAUCGAUAUCAAUUGCCGAAAAUCGUACCAUAAAAAAUGAGAACGUCAUGCUGAUGCAACACCUUAUGAAUAAAUUUAUUGAUUGUUUCGAAACGAUGUACAUGUUACGUCACGUCGUCCAAACGGUACAUAGUGCUCUACAUCUACCACAAUCGGUGUUAGAUUUUGGUCCAACGUUUGGCUUUAGCACUUUCAGCUUCGAAAGUAUACUAGAACAACAAGAGUACCGUUUACAAAUACGCGUACUUCAAGAAUGUACGUUUGAUCAUGGAAAAUGCGAAAAUGUUACGUCGAAAGUUGUUUGGAAAACGGCAGAGUGCACUGUAUUUUGA